CAACACGCGCUCACUUUCAUUCCCGGUCCGCCAGCGGUAGCAGCACGCCGCGUGCGUUCCGACGACAAAUUUACUUACGACGACUGUACGAGAGUACACACGGUGCAGUGUGCGCGCGCGAAGUGUGUUGUUUCGUUUUUCGUUUUCGUUUUUCGAAUUUUUUUUUUUUUACGUUCAUCUCACCGUUCCCGGGUCUUUUGCCCACAAUCAUCCGUCCGUCCGUCUGUUUUCCUCUGUCGUCCACCGCAACGAGUACGUACACGCAUGCCGUCGUCCGUCGAACACCGUCCACAAGUGCGUUGUGCCGUGCGAAUCGCGAUGAUACAAUUAUACGAUUAUCGUGGCAAUAAUCUUUCCGUAUUCUGAUAAUAUAUUGUAUUAUCAUACCGUCGUGUGCGAGUUAAGGUUUUUUGAUUUGCGUUCUGUUUUUGUUCGGUCGAAUUUUUCGGUCUCGUUUUUUUUCACGCGCGUCAUACACCUCCCCCGCGGGAACCGCCGAAAUGCAGUUGUCUCAAGUCGUCACCAGCUCUGGCGUACUGAUGCAUGUGUACAGCGCCGAAAGACACCAACAGCAGCAACAGCAGCAGCAGCAGCAACAGCAACAGCAACAACAGCCGUCGCAACAGCAGCAGCAACACGGGGGUGACUUUCGCGUACCGCAAUCGCCGGGCGUCGUGUCGUCUUCGACGGGUAGCGGCGGAGUACCGUCUCCGCCCGCGCAGCACCAUCACCUUCAGCUGCAACUGCAGCAACAGCAUCAACAUCAACAGCAACAACAACAACAACAACAACAACAACAACAACAACAGCAACAGCAACAGCAACAACAACAGCAACAGCAACGCUGUUCGCUGCCACCGGCUCCGCCGUCGUCUUCAGCGGCCACGAUGCGCCCACCUGCCGCGCCGGGCCCCCGGUGCAAGCCGGUCCCGUCGGCAGCCACCCUGACGAUCAAAACGGAGUACAGCCGAAGCCCUCCGAUGCUCUCCGAGGAACCGACCAGCUCCAUACCGGACUUGGAAUUUGAUGGUGACACAGUACUGUGCCGAGUAUGCGGUGACAGGGCGUCCGGGUUCCAUUACGGCGUACACUCUUGUGAGGGAUGCAAAGGCUUUUUCCGCCGAAGCAUCCAGCAGAAGAUCCAGUACCGGCCAUGCACCAAGAAUCAGCAGUGCAACAUCUUGCGGAUCAACAGGAACAGGUGUCAAUACUGCCGGCUCCGCAAGUGCAUCAGCGUCGGCAUGAGUCGAGACGCUGUACGAUUCGGCCGUGUGCCCAAACGGGAAAAGGCUCGUAUAAUGGCCGCCAUGCAGCACAGCAGUAACUCCAAAAGCCAGGAGAAGGCCGCCGUGGCGGAGCUUGAAGACGACCAGAGACUCGUCGCCAGCGUGGUCAGGGCACAUCUGGAGACUUGUGACUUCACGUCGGACAAGGUCGCGCCCACGUUGGCCCGUGCCCGCGAACAGCCAAAUUACACCUUGUGCCAUCCGACACUGGCUUGCCCGUUGAACCCGAGUCCACGACCCGUCACCGGACAACAAGAACUAUUGAACGACUUUUCGAAGCGAUUCUCGCCGGCUAUACGCGGCGUGGUCGAGUUCGCCAAGCGCAUACCUGGUUUUGGGCUACUCGCCCAAGACGACCAGGUGACCUUGCUCAAAGCCGGUGUUUUCGAGGUGCUACUUGUUCGCUUGGCCUGCAUGUUCGACUCUGAGUGUAACAGCAUGGUGACGCUCAACGGUCAAGUGUUGCGCAGAGAAUCGGUUUGCGCAUACUCCAACGCUAGAUUCCUCACUGAUUCCAUGUUCGAGUUUGCCGAGAGGUUGAACGCAAUGCGACUAAACGAUUCGGAAAUUGGUCUAUUCAACGCCGUCAUCGUGAUCGCUGCCGAUCGCCCAGGCUUGCGCAAUGUUGAAUUCAUUGAACGCAUGCACAAACAGUUAAAAUGCGCGUUGCAGUCGGUGCUCAUGCAAAACCAUCCGGACCGUCCUAGCUUGUGCCAAGAACUGUUGAAGAAAAUCCCGGACUUGAGGACACUUAACACGUUGCACUCAGAGAAAUUACUAGCGUUCAAGAUGACCGAACAGCAAAACCAACUGGACCAACAGCAACAACAUCAGCAGCAACAACAUCAGGACACAACCACCACGACCAGCAUCGCAUCCGCCGCCGUUCAACAUCAUCAGAACAUUGGUGGCAUGUGGAGCCUGAUGAUGAACGGCACCGACGAUUUUAACCGCAAGAGCCCGGAGGAGGCAGGCUCGUCGUCAUGGUCGGAUGAGACCACUUCCGUGGAGGACAUGAAGAGCCUGGCUAUGUUGGACGAAGUUAAGAGCCCGCUAGGAUCGGUUUCCAGCACCGAGUCUGUGUGCUCAGACGAAUACCAUCAUGGACCAAGCAAACACGCGGCGAGUGCUCCUCUGUUGGCGGCCUCGCUAGCUGGGGCCGUGUGCCCGAUUAGGCGGCAUGCGGCCGCGCCGUCGGACGAAUUACAUCACCAGGUGAUCGUCCGACCGAUGUCGUGCCGCCGGUACCAGCGGAAGCAGGACUCGCCCACUGACUCUGGAAUCGAGUCGGGCACGGAGAAGCUGGACAGACCGAUGCCGCACAGCGCGCCUACUUCAGUGUGCUCCAGCCCGCGAUCCACCGUCGAGGACGCUGUCAUGUCGGCCGACUCGCACCAUCCGGCGGCCAUUGAGGACAUGCCGGUGCUGAAGCGUGUGCUCCAGGCACCGCCGCUGUACGAUACCAACUCAUUGAUGGACGAGGCGUACAAGCCGCACAAAAAGUUCCGAGCCCUACGCAGCGCCAAAGACUCUGCCGAGGCUGAGGCUGUCCGACCGUCGGUGGCGACUCGUCCACAACAACAGCACCCUCCUCAACCACCUCCAACAAAGCCACCACCACAAUUCGCCGCAACUGCACCAUCACCUACGUCGUCGUCGUUGUCGAGCACUCACUCGACGCUGGCCAAGUCGCUGCGCGAGACGCCUAAGAUGACCGCGGAACAGAUCAAACGCACCGAAGACAUUCACAAUUUUAUAAUGCGCGAGGAUACGGCGUGCAGUGGUUACCAACAACAACUAACGCAACAACACCACCACCACCACCACAACAAUAACCACCACCUACAACAACAACAACCUCCGACCAGGUGGCAACACACGCCUGUCAUUACAUCUGCCUUGGCCCAGAACAGUUGCAGAUUGUCACCGACGCCGCCCACCAGCAGGUAUGCGUCGUCGACCGUGAGCAGUGGUGGCGUUUUGGCGCGCGUCCUGUCGCCGUCGUCUUCGUCGUGUGCGUCUCCGCCGCCGUCGGCGCUGUCAAUGGUCAUGCGCCGCACGCCGUCGCCGAACGUUGUCAACCUCCAGGUGGGCAUUACCAACGCAGCCGCAGCCGCGGCUGAGGCGGCGGCCGCUCACCAGCAGCCGCUCAACCUGUCCAAAAAGCUGUCCCCGUCGCCGACGUCCGCCGUCGGCAGUGGUACCACCACGCCACCAUCUCCUGCUCCCGCUCAGGUGGCCAUGGAAGCGUAAUCCACCCUCACCCCGCCCACCACACUCCCCGUUGCCGUACGUAACCGCAUCGACUCGAUCUCACGAGAGUCAAUCUCUAGACCAAAACACGAAAAAAAUCAACAAUUGGAAACAAAUGGGGUUUCUAUACGCAAACCAAAACAGGUGCGGUGAUCGUUUUCCUAUUUUAAUAAUUUUUUUUUGUUUUAAUUUUAAUUUUUUUUUUUGUGGCAAUACAUACAACUGUGUACAUAUUACUAUAAAAUAUUAGGCCUUACGAGUUUAAGUUUAAUUAUAUAAUAUAAUAUCAUAAUAUAUAUAUAUAUAUAUAUAUCUCAUGCUCUUAUUUUUCUCUAUAUAUAUAUAACUAUCUUUAUUCUAUUUAAUAAUUAUUAUACAAACGUUUUCCGCAUAACUAUUUUUUUGGAUUUACGAGAAAAAUAUUAAAACAAAAAUGUACAAAUUUAUAAAUCGACCGAUUUUUUCCGACGACACCCCGCGUGAUAUAUAUAUCAAAUUAUAAAAUAUUUAUGUUUAUGUAGAAGUAUAAUUAUAUAUAAUACAUUUAUUAUGAAAACAUUUAUUUCUUUUUAUUUUUAUUUUUAAAUGUGAUAUACAUUUUAAGGAUCGCAUUUGGUUUUAUUCUGUACAUAUUACAUUUUACCAUGUAAGUUACAAAAUAAUUUGGUUUUUUGCCCAUCGUAGUCAUAGACUCUAUGAUAUUCAUCCUGGUAUAUAGUUAUUAACGGUUCAAACCGAUUUGACGUUUUCCUUUUUGAGCAUUACCUAUAUAAUAUAUAUAUGUGUAUACACAUUUAUAUAUAAUGUUUGAUAGUUAUAUAUUAUAUUAGAAUGGUUAAAUAGUGACCUCUUUUUUUUCUUUCUUUUUGUUGUAAAUACGAUUUUAAAUUUACGAAGCAAAAACACAGUAUGUAUAUAUAUAUAUCAUAAUAUAUACAUUUUGAAUGUUUUCGAGAUAAAUUUUUGAGACUGAGGGAAGUGUCAAGCCAUUUUUAUUUUAUUUUAUGACGCCUUGCGUGGUUUGGUUUUUUCGUUUCUGGGCAUGUAGCCUGCAAAAAAAAAUAUUUCUACAGCAAUCCUCCCUAUAUAUCAUAUUUGUGUUUUUAUUUGCGAUAUAAAAAUCGAGUUGGCAAGUACAAAUUUUCAGACCCACAAUAUUGUUUUUUAUUUAUUUAUUUAUUUUUUGUACAUAAGCCAAAAACUAAUUUCCCUUCUCCCUCCCAACAACACCAUCACCACCACCAAUACUUCCAUACGACGGGUGUACCAAUAUAUAUAUACACUCGUCUUGCCGAAGCAGAAUCGUAAAAAUCGUAUUAUUGUUCCCACUGCUGCAGCUGAAGUGAGACACUAUAUUAUAUUAUAUAUUUUUUGCACAGAAAAAAACGAGGAGUGUUCGAUGAACCAUAUUUCGACUUCCUUUACCGGUCGUAUAUAAUAAUAAUAUAAAGUUUCACAUGACACUAAUGAGAAAAUAAUAAAAAAUUAAAAUUAAAAAACACGAAUGAUCAGCCGAAUGUCUGCGAAGGACGACGAUAUUAGGUAUGGUAACGAUACAUAAUACGAAUGUGUGUGAGUGUGUGUUUGAUGACCACAAUGAGACAUAAGUUCGUCGUCAACGAGUGAAAUUCACGACUAUCGCAUGUUCGGACAUCGAUGCCGCCGCUCAUCUCGUGAUAUAUUUAUAUUAUAAUUUACUAUGUACUGCGAGAGAAAUGAAUAAAAUUUGGUGUAAUAUAAAAAAAAAAAAAAAAUAGGUCGAUUACAUAAUAUAA